AGGCGGGGAUAGUGAGGUUCUUGCUGGCUCAGAGCACUGCACUGAGAGCUGCUCUCUAGAGGUCAUGCUGCUGUGAAAGAACAUCCUCCUGCUGCAGCAUGAGUGCCCGGGCUCCAGGGCAGAUACUGCAGGAUCUCACUGCAGUGGAGUGUGAUCAACCAGCAUUCCCUUUGCUGCUGGUGGUCUUUGUCCAUUUUGAUGUUAUACAGUGUGAUUGGAUGGGAGAGGAAAUACUCUGACUAUUCUGCAGGUUUUAUAGUCUGAGAGACCAGAAUCUGUAUGUGCAGCUCCCAUUGACUUCCAGGGAUAUGCCCGCACUUUGUGGAGAACUGGAAAACUCUUUUAUGACUCAAUUUCUCCUCUCCUUGCAUGGUUACCUGCCAGAAGUACCACCCCCGGGGGAAAUUCCAUAUCUUGGGUUUGCCCAGGUUCAAGAGGCCCAGCAAACAAAGAACUGGGAAUUGUAUAAAGUGAUAAACCCAGCAAGGGGUCAUUCACUUGAUGAAAGAACUGAAAUGACAGCGUGGCCAAGAGGUUUGAGAUCCUGCCGAAGGGGUUUGAAGGACUUUGAAACUCACCAGGAACUCCAUGUAGAAGGCUGGCUGCUCACUGGCUAACCCUGUCGUCAUCCCUGGGAGUGAACAGGAUGGCAGGUACUAAACUGAAGUCAGACUUGCUAAGGUGAUCACAGUGAGUUGCAGGAGGAAAUAGCAGCCUUAAAUCCCUGAUCUGGAGGAAGAGGAAUGCAGGGGGUGCACAUUCCCCAAGCUGUCUUUUAGAGUUAGCAAGAAGCUGCCUAUCAUCUUAGCCAGCAAGGGAACAUUGUCUGGCCAAAGAUCUUGUGAGCCGUGAAACUCUAUCUUGUCUGUUGACCUCUUAGAAUACUGUUCCUUAAGGAAAGCAUCUCAAGUCACUGGGACUGUUUGUGAGAGCUUGUCCGAAGCUUGUUUUCAAAGGCAGCCUUUUGCUAAUUUUUGAAUCUUCAUUCCUGAUGAAAGCUUGCAGAAGUGACUUGGAGCCAGCAGCCUAAGGUGCAGCCUCCUCAUUAGCUCCCUCAGGUGAUUUUACAAUGGAUGGAAGAGCAGACUCGUUGGUGAUGACUGUGCAUCUUCUUGCCACCUCUGGACAUUCAUUACUCUUGCAGCAAACUCUUGAUCGGCUUCUGGGGUGGAUCUGCCUGGAUGUUCGCCUCUUCCUCGUAUCCGAACGUGUUACUCCAUUGAAGUAUUAUGAGAAAUAUCGCCGGAAAAGCUCUGGAUUUCCUGGGAUGUCCAUUCUCCUUUUCCUGCAUGAGGACUUUGGGGAAGAACGGAUUUUUCGGGUCCAUGAUUUUUUCCAGCACCCUCCAUGGCAGGAUCACCACAUGCAACAUGCUAAUGGGAAACUGUACCCUUAUGCACCUGCUAGUCAGGAAUUUUAUGGUCUGGAUGAGCAUAUGCCUGUAUGGGGUUUGCGGCAAGUUCAUUAUGGCACUGAAAUUCUGCGUGUGACCCUCUACUGUAGCUUUGAUAACUAUGAUGAUGCAGUCAGACUUUAUGAGAUGAUUCUGCAGAAAGAAGCAUCUAUGCAGAAGAGUAACUUCUGUGUCUUUGUGCUGUAUGCAACAGAAACCGUUGCUGUUCAGCUCUGCUUGAAGCAGCUUCCCCCUGGGGUCUCUGUUGAACUGAAAGAAUCUUCCGUGUUGCAAUUCAAGGUGCACGAAAUUGGGAAGCUGGUACCUCUUCUGCCUAAUCCAUGUAUUCCUAUCAGUAGCACCCGAUGGCAAACUCAGGACUACGAAGGAAACAAAAUCUUGCUUCAGGUGCAAGGCAACUCAAAACACACUGAAAAAAAUGAUGGACUUUCCAAUCAGCACAAUAAUGCAGGUGAAGAAAAGAUCCUACAGAAUUCCACUCUAGCCCCUUUUCCCACAAAGUGGGUUAAUUCAGAGCAGAAAAGCCGGAAGGUCAGAAUGAUGAAGUGUAAAAUCAAAUCAGAACACGGAAUUAUUUCUGGGAGUGUUAGCAGCACCCCACAGAGUAACUCCUGCUCUGCAUCCCAGGCCAGCAGUCCAGCAGCUACUUCACAGACUGAUACCACCUCUUUCAAUGUAAGUGCAGGCACUACACUGACCACCUCCAGCCAAGAAAUCCGGUUUCGAAGGCAAGAAGCAGAGACCAAUGUUGACACAGGAUUCACAGUAGUAAAUUCUGAAUUCACUCCAUCUCCCCUUAGCAGGUUUUCAAGGGACUUGCAGGACAGCCUUCCUCAAGCACAAGCACCAAAUUAUUCAUUAGCUGCUGCUGGCUCCAGAAUCAACUUGCCUUCUGAGGCUAGAACCCAUCUGCCGUCAUUUGCUGUCAAAAGAAAUGAAGGCGCAGGACAGACAGCUUCAGACUUUCACUUGCGAAUAUCAAGAGCAAACUAUGGGAAUGGAAAUGAAGAGGAGGAGGAAUUCUUUAUUUGACUUGAAACAAAUGUGCCUGACAGACUGACUUUAAAACUGAUAGCUAAAUGCUUUAUUCUGGAAACGGAGAGAAAGCAAUCUGCAUGCUGUUUAACUCUGUGUUUAGACCUAGGCUACCUGUUCUGUGAUGGAAAAAGACUUCAGUGGGGUUUUAUUGCAAUAGAGUGACUCACGUACAAAAAUGCUAAUGGGACGGAGGGCAAAACCACAAAAAAUAAUCAUGUGCAGUUACACAGUGAGUUUGAUUCUUUUCAAUACAGAGCACCCAACAGCCUAAUUGUGCAAUGAAUGGGAAUAAGCCAUGCGAGUCCUAUUGCUGUUUGUAAAUGUUAAUCAGUAGCCUGUGACACGUUCUGUCUUGUGUAGUUGCAUUGGAGGGCUUUGGCAGUGGGGAGGCAGUGGAACGCUGCACUGCGAAAAAUAGCACUGCGGACUCGGGAGGCGCUGCGUGAGUGUGCAGAGAGCUGUGCAGGGUACACAGAGUUCAGGUGUGCAGGGCACUCGACUCACCUAAAACAGUGCCUCAGCGUCUACUCUGCUAUUUAUAUCUGUGCUAGCUGGGCGUGCAGUGUCUGGACCCUACAUGCUGCCAUACGUGUACAUGUACCUUCGGUAGUGGCAUGGUCACAAGGUGUGAACAGGCUUGCAAUGUUUUUCUCCUUCUAGGUGCCCUCUCAUUUCUCCCUCUGCCAUCAUUCAGACUUGAAAACUGUGAAUGUGAUCAUUCAUAUGCAUUUAAAUGAGACCAAAUCACGCCCUCAUACUGCUUCUUUUCAAAUUUUUGAAGAAAACUAUUUAAAAUCAAUCGUUUGACCUCUUUUUUUUCUCCCCAUGAAGCACAUUCCCCCUGCCCUCAUAGUGCUCCAUGGAAUAAAGUUAGAAACCAUAUGCAAGAUCUUUAUUAGACCUCUGUGCAAUUAUCAACAUGGUGAAAAUCCCAAUUGAAUUUUAAAUGACAGGAGACCAACAGGAACCAUUGGAGCUGAGAGAGCUACCAGAAUGGUAAAAGCUAAACAGUCAGUAAGCCGUGCUCACCAAAUGGCAAAUGAAGCCAUUCAUUUAAAAGAAACAAAUGUUUAUUACCAAGAUUAGAUUUAUUUAAAGUUUGCCUACUCAAGAACGGUUCCCUAGGCCUGAAAGGAGGAGAAUUAGAGGGGGCUUGACUGAGGGGUCAAAAAUUACAAAGAGCAUGGCAAAAAUCUGAUCAGCCCUUUUUACUCUUGUCCAGAAUAUGAGGAACACAUGGAACCUCACUGCCAAAAAAGGGUAAAUGUGGAGUCAUGACAAGGAGAUGCUACUUUACACUGUGUCUGCUGAAAGUGUCUGCUCUGUCCUGGCUGAUGGAAUGUUUCAUAACAGAGGAUUAGGGCUUGACUAGGUUUACAUUUGUCAUGCUCUUGCCUGCUCUGAGGGAGAACAGACUAGGGAGGGGAUGACCAGUGCUGCACCCCAUUCAUUUCAGAUUUAGCCACAUCACCAUCCCUCGCCAGUAACCAGCCCACUUGAGACUUGUGAACUCAGGCAACCUGGUUUAAGCUUUGCACAGAGUAUGCAUUAUAUCAGAGUGCCUGAGGACCCAAGAAUCCUGCAGCAGAAUUAAGGUCCUGCUUACUGCUGAGUACCAGGGCUGUGCAUAUAACACUCCUGCUGCUACUGCACAAGGACAUUGAGAUGCCCACUGCAGCUUGCCUAUUAGAAAGGGCUGGAAAAUGUUAUGAUCAUUAACAACAUUUGCGUCUAUGCUAGCUAAAAUAAGGAGAGUAAACACACCUUAUGCUUCAGUGUGUGACCUUGAUUACCCAGGCAGGUCCAAAAGGGUUAAUUUCCCCUUUGUGAACAGCCUAGCCUAAUCAGCCAGGGGGGCGCUGUGGUUUGUUGGUGUUUUGGCUUGGGGGAGGCUAACUCCCACUUUCAUUCCAUCCACUUUCUCUUGAAUAAAUCUGCAAAAGGCUCCUGCUUAGACCUUGAAGUGUGGGUCUUCUCUGAAAAAUAACUGUGUAAUAGCACAGCAUCCUCUCACUCAGCAGAUCUGCUCUGCUCCUGUUGUCUCCGAAUCCUAUCUGUGUAUUUCAGUGACACAAAACAAGCUGGGUCAGCUCACAUCUUUGUUGCUUUGCGUUGUUUCAGUAGGAGUUCUUUCUUUAUGGGAUUAAAUGCCGGAUUGUGAGCAGUGCUGAACACCCUCAGUGGCCAUUCAAAUGAAAGGGACCUGUGGGUUUUCAGGAUCAGGCCCUAAUACUGCCAAGAUAGAAUCAGAUGAGUCAGAGCAACUGAGGCUGUUGUUCUCCAGCUGCAACUGUGUGUGUGCUGGGAGAACGAGUUCUGAUGUGUAGAAUGACACAUGUUCCUAACAUUAUUUUCAUCUGCUACAUAUUGUCAUACCGUGCCAGGCUGUCCUGAAAACGGAUUCUUAUUUUCCUGUGUCCUGUGCAAAGGAAACCAUACUGUGUGGCUUGACAUGCAGAGUUAUAGAUCCGAGGUAGAACGUCCAUUGCCAGAGAUAACUGAUCUUCCAUUUUAUACCUGUACCAUGAUACACUUACUUUUUUAAAAGAUGUGUCAUCCUACAGUCUGUAGUAGUUUUAAUCAUUUUCAAUAAAACAUAACAAGACAUUUUA